AUGCUAGUCUCUGCAAUUUCCCUUCAGGCUUUCGAGACAAAUUGUGAACUACUGUCUAAUUUUACAAGUAACAACACUACCGUACUCAUUAGCACAGAUUUUGGUUGUGAGUUAGAGCCCGUAGCUAUGAGUUACUUUGGAGGUAAAUGUAAGUGUGUUCUCUCCAUUUCAUGCGAGGUCGAGUGCAGACAGCUAUCACUUGGCUCUUAUGCAUUGGUCAAUGACGACCAAUGUACUAUUACUUUGGGGUUAACAUACUGUGACGAGAACUUUGAAACAGACCCCUGUAUUUUGGAAAACACAAAGGCAGCUUUAUUGGAACUAAAGGGAUCCAGUCGUUCAAAUGUUAAUAGGUUUCUUUUGGAGUUAAAUGUUACGAAAUGGAUAAAGUCUCAGUUGAUUUUAGAUUCAAAACAAAUGGCCUUGAAAAUGUGGGAAGUGAUUAUUCCAAAGAUUUCUUUAAAUAUUCUUUCCAUUAUUUACGAACAAUUUGAUUAUGACAAAAUGUUAGAAAACAAAUCAACGGAGAUUAUUUUCAGAGACCUAGUUCAAGAACUAUUUGGAAUUUGCUUUGCACAAUGUAGUAGUAAAGUGACUAAAUUUUUACAAGUAACAAGCCAGGGGGAAGAGGAAAUAAAUUUUUAUAAAAUUGUCAAAUAUUGUGAAAGUAAGAAAUUGCAACUUAUCAAUUCUACUGCAAAUGAACAUCCUGAAUAUUUAUCUUUGCCUUUUGAACCAUAUUGCUUUUAUCACCGGUUCGAAUAUCCGGCUCAAAUCCUUCUUCACCAGCCGAUUAUCCUGGCAAAGAAGUACAAUGUUCCAUGUUCAAAUUUAAACUUCCUGUAUGGAUUCUACACGAGAUUGCUGACACUAAGUGGACUAUCAAUAAACGGAGGCCGGUGUGAACAUGCACUGUCAAUGCUGGACAACAGAAUUGGCGGUGGCAUGAAUGUUGCUGCGGGAAUUAACAGUGGUCAAGAUUUUACAGAUGGAGAUAAUAAGGAUGAGGAUAAAAGCAAAAUGACAGUGGACAAAAAUACUAAGGAAGGUUCCUAUAUAAGUUUAACUCAACGAUUUUCCAUGGUAAGUCCGGUGAGUGGCAGUGAUCCUGCUUUACCGGCAGACCUAAAAACACUAUAUUUGGGUGCAGAAUACAUUAGCAAUUGCGACGCGAAUUUGUGUAGUGACGAACAACCACUAAAGUCUCCUGUCAGGGUGGAUAUGGGUUAUAAAGAUCAGUAUUUGACAGAUAAUGUAAGACAUACAUUCGAAGAGGCAUACUUGGCAAAUGAAGAUGGCUUUUCCUGUCUUGGAAUUGACGAUAGAAACACUACGAAACCCAUUAAACCCUUAGAAAAACUUGGAAUAAUUGCUGUGCCACAUUUUAUUAAGCGGUUUUCCACUAAAAGAUCGAGUAAAGAUAAAUCAAAUGCUAUGAAGAGACCCUACACUACAAGCAGUUUAGAGCUGCAAUUGAGGUCUGAUCAUUUCACGUUCGCUAAAGAAUACCAAGAUUUACAUAGACAAUUAAAUUAUGAAGCAAAACCGAAGACGCAGACAGAACUGGAUUCGAGGCGUCGAAACUACGCUGGGCUGGAAUCGCAAAUGUGGAAAAUUAAACACCGAUUCAAUAUCCACAGGGGAGCACUACCACGCCCUCAAACUAACCCAUAUGAGAUACUACUAGAUCACAUAGAAGUUUUGAACAGUGGCAACACUGGGGAUAUUUUGAGAUUUACCACAAGUAGAUACGGUGGUGUUGAUACGUACGAUUCUAUCUUGAAAGAUCAGUCUAAGAUUAUGAGCGUUUUAGGUAAGCGUUGUGCCUACUCACCUCCGGCUUUGCUCAAUGAUCAGGAUCAUGAUCCAGAUUACGAUCACGGCCACGCUCACGAUCCAGACCACCCGAGUCAUCAACACUAA